AUGUGUCGUUGGAAAUCAACACUUACUCCUAAUUCUCGUGAUAUUGCUGAAGUCUUGGACGACCCACAACUCCAAGUUCGUUGCUCAUUGACAGCUUUUCCCAAUAAGACUGAACUACAAUAUGUGAAAUUAUUCAUUCACGGAACUAGAAAAGAAGAUCUAAUCUUAGAUGUUUAUCUCUACGAGGAUGGAGACUACCCAGAUGUGCAAAGUUCAGGGACUACUUGUGUACAUCAAAGUUCUCUUCCUACAAAUCGAAAACCUCCACGCAAUCGUCAAACUUCUUGUAACCACGAUGAUAUGUUGAGAGAAUUGUUGUGCUACAUGGAAAGGUUAUCAGAUAAAUACGAAGAGAUAAAUAGGAAGGUCGAUACAAUAAUGAAUUGGAUGAGACCGAGCCAACAUCUCGACACAAAUCAUUUAUUUGGGGCUGAUGGAGUAAUUGAGACCGAGGGAAAUAACCAUGGAACGGUUGCAAGGAGCAUUGAAAGGAAAAUUGAGGCAGGAAAAGAGGCUGAGACAGGGGAGAUUGGGAGGGAGGCAAUGAGUGCUGUGAUGGAGACAGUGGUAAGGGAUAAUGAUGGAGAGGCUGAGAUAGGGGAGAUUGGGAGAGUGGCCAUUAUAUGGAGCAUUGAGAGAGAGAUUGAGGCAGGGGGUGCUGUGAUGAAGACAGUGGUAGGGGACAUUGAAUGGAAGGCUGAAACAGGGGAGAUUGGGAUAGGAACAGUUGCAGAGAACAUUGAGAGGGAGACGAAUGUAGUAGACAUUGAUGUGGGGACUAAUGUGGGGAUUGUGAUGUACACUAGGUUUUUACUCGGAAGAAGAGAAAUUUGGAUAAAACUUAUCAACAAACUUAUGCCUUGA